CAAAUUCAAAUAAUGAUGAAGCUUUGUCCGAUGAACUUAAUAGUUCAAGUAGUAGUAAUGAACAAGAAUCUGAUAACUUCGAUGAGCUUGAAGUUACUCAAGAUACUGAAAGCCCAGAUAAUUUGACUAAAUUCGAACAAGAUUUUGAAAGCCCAGAUAAUUUAACUGAAUUCGAACAAAAUCAAGAGACUAAAAGUUUUGAUACUGAAAUGUAUAACAAUUCAUCUACAUCACAUAAUGAUGAUAAUUCUACUAAAAAUAAUCCUAUAGCUCAUUCAAAUAAGCAACAAUCCUCAUAUGUAUGGAAAUUUUUCACAGUACUUGCAACAAAACAACAUAAAUGCAAUCAUUGUAAAUGUAUAUUUAGUGAUAAAACAGCAACAAGUACACUUGGUCAACAUAUUCAAAAACAACUUAUAGGGCUAUAUGAUAAUUUUUGCCAAACAGCUUUAGAUCAUUAUAGACGUCCUAAUCCAUAUCCAUAUAAUAUUCAAGAAAAAAAAGUAGCUCUUUUAUUAAAAUGGAUUGUUGUUAACUUACAAGCAUUUCGGGUU